AUGGUGGACUAUUUUGAUUAUGUUGAAGCAAAAAACCUUAAUUUAGCAGAUUUGAAGCAGAUGGCUGUUAUGUGCGGCUAUAUGAAUGACUCGGAAAUAUUUUGGCAUAAAUUUGGAAAGUUCGGUGAUAGGUGGAGAUUAGUGUCUACUGAAGUAGAAGCUCUCUCAAUUAAAAAUUUUAUCCCGAAUGAUAGAGUAGUUGAGUUGUAUUUUGAACAUUUGGACUCCUACAUUGAAGUAGAUUCAGGUGAGAUUCUAGGCCACACAAAUUGUACAUUAAAUCAAGAGCAUAUAGAAUGUGGUGACACAUACAAUUCUGAUGAGUUUGAAGAUUCAGAAAAUGAAUUAUCCGGUGACGAUGUCAUCCUUGAAAGACAUGGACAAAAAAAGCAAAGCUUUGAGGAUGGAAGGAAACUUAUUAAUGACGAAGUUCUGAGGAAAUUGUCUAAUGAAGAUGGAGAUUCAGAUUGUGUGGACUCUGAAGAUCAGAAGAGUUUGAAUGGUGAUUCUGAUAAUGAGUGCUUUCAUUUUCCAAAGCAUAACCCAAAAACUGAAGCAAAACAUCCUAUAUUAGCAUUAGAAUAUACAUUUGGAAGCAGGGAGGAGUUCAAAAAUGCGGUAUCAAUUCAUGAGGUAAAAGCUGGGAAGAGUAUUAGGUGGAUAAAAAAUGAUGGAAAAAGAGCAAAAGCGAAGUGUAGAAAUUCAGAUUGUAAAUGGGUAAUUAUGGCAUCGGUAAUGCAUCGAGACAAGGCAUUUCAGAUUAAAACUUAUGAUUCCAAGCAUACCUGCAAACGUUGGAACCAUCGUAACAAGACAAUAACCUCUUCUUUCAUUGCAAGAAUGUAUCUUGAUGCUAUCAGUCAAAACAGAGAGUGGAAGUUGUCUGACUUUAGAGACACGGUCAGUGUGGGACUUAAAGCUCAUGUUACUUUAGCUCAAGCUAGAAAGGCUAAAAAGAAGGCACUUGCAUUAAUUGAUGGAGAUGUGAAAGAACAAUUUUCCAUCCUUUGGGACUACUGCCUUGAAAUUGGAAGGUCAAAUCCUGGAACUUCAAUGUAUAUGAAGCUAACUCAAAACGAAAUGCCGAACAAACCAUAUAGAUUUCAAAGAAUCUAUGUUUGUUUUGUUGCUUGUAAGGAGGGGUUUAAGGCUGGAUGUAGAAAAAUAUUGGGUGUGGAUGGGUGUUGGUUGAAGGGUCAAAUGUAUGGAUAUCAGUUGUUGACAGCAGUUGGCUUGGAUGCCAAUAAUAAUAUUUUUCCAGUGGCCUAUGCAGUUGUAGAAAAGGAAACUAGGGAGACAUGGUCAUGGUUUUUGACCUACUUAAUUGAUGAUUUGGAGAUUAAUGAUCAAGUUGAUUGGACCUUUAUGUCGGACAAACAAAAAGGUCUCAUUGAAGCGUUUAAUGAAGUUUUGCCAUCCGCUGCUGCAAGUGCUACAACUGUGGAAUUUUUUAAUGCUCGCAUCAAUGACAUUGUUAAAUUGGAUGCCGAAUCUGCUAUAUGGUUGAAAGAAAAGGAACCUAUUGAAUGGUCUAAAUCACAUUUUUCUCCCAUUGCUAAGUGUGAUAUUUUGUUGAAUAAUAUGUGUGAAUCGUUUAAUAGUAUGAUACUUGAUGCUCGAGAUAAGCCAAUCAUCACUUUGUUGGAAAAAUUAAGAUAUCUUCUUAUGGCUAGAUUACAAGCUAAUAGGGAUAAAGCUGAUAAAUGGAAUUCUGAUGAUAUUUGCCCUCGGAUUAAGAGUAUUCUGCACAAAAAUGAAAAAGAUGCUGCUGGUUUUAUUCCUAAAAAGUCGAAUGAAUGGAACUUUGAAAUUCUUGGCGGAAGUGUGAGCGACAUUUGGGCUGUGGACCUUGCUGGCAGAAAAUGUAGCUGUAGAAAAUGGACCAUUACAGGAAUCCCUUGCAAGCAUGCUAUUUCGGCAAUUUGGCAUAAAAAUGACGAGGUUAUUAAUUAUGUGGAUGACUGCUAUAAUGUGGAAAUGUAUAAGCGAAUCUAUGAACCAGCUAUUCUUCCAAUAAAUGGUUCACAGUUGUGGCCUAAAUCAGGCAAGAUCCCUCCUUUGCCUCCAAUCUUUUCAAGACAAAAUAAGUCUGGGAGAAAGCAAAAGUUGAGAAGGAAAGAACAAGAUGAAGUAGGAUCAAGUAGAACUAAGAUGAAGAAGAAGCAAACAUCAGUUAACUGUAGUCGAUGUCACAAGUCUGGCCAUAAUACGAGAACUUGCAAGUUUAACUAUGUACAGCCAGAAGGAGGAGUUUUUGAGUCAGCUUGUAGGAUGCCUUCUACUUCAUUUGUACCUGAAAAGUUGCCGGUAAAUAUUUUUAUACCUAAGUAA